AUGCUCCUCAACACCGUUCUUAUCAACGCCUUACUGGCGAUGACUUCCGUCUCGGCUCUUCCUAGCCCCAACAUCAAGCAUUCAAAGCUGGCUGUUCGUGGUGAUGACUACGACGACGGCUACGAUGACGGAUAUCGCAUCAAGCUCAAAGUCCGAGAUGAUGACGAUGGCGAUGGCGAUGGCGAUGGCGACGACGACGAUGAUAAGAAGCUAAGAGUCCGUGGUGGUGACUACGAUGACUACGACGAUGAUGAUGGAGACGACAACGACGACGAUGAUGAUGAUGACGAUGAUGAUAAGAAGCUAAGAGUCCGUGGAGGUGACUACGACGACGACGAUGACUACGAUGAUUAUGACGACGAUGAUGAUGAUGAUGAUGACUACGACGACUAUAAGGACGACAAGAAGAUGAAGUUGAAGCCUCGCAUCGUCCCCCAGAACUGUAGUAUCGGUGCCUACUUUGGAAACGGACGAUGCCUUUGCCGAACAGUUGGCUGGAUCUACGACCCCGUCUUCCGCGGAUGCCAUCUCGACUGCGGCCCUACUGCUUUCUGGCGAGGUAACAGCUGCUUCUGUCGCCAGCCCGGAUUCCGCUGGGAUCUCCGCAGCCGCCGCUGUAUUCGCUAG